AUGAGACGACUGUCACCCGUUCUGAGCAGCCGAAGGAACGAGAGCACUUCCUGUGCAGAGCGUGCACAGGACUCCCAUCAUCAGUUUCACCUGGCACCAGACCUUCACGAUUACGACCAGUCGACCACACGUGGUGACAGAGGUGACCCCUCUGCAGGGGGGGCACAGCUGCGCUUCUGGCCGUCAUCCUGUAAUGUAGAACAUUGCCGGCCUGAAGGAUUUCAUCCGACUGAUCCACAGCUGAUUCCAGCUGGAGAUACACAUCUUCAGCAUGUUGGUGGCUCCCUUACACUCAUCUGCAGGGGAUCGACCCAGCUGCACUGGAGCUUGGCUUCGAGAAACGUGUCAUCGGUACACAUUGAGCCAUGUGUGGAGCAGAUGCACAAACACUGCAGCAAACUGGUCAUACGCAACCUGACGCACACUGACACUGGCUCCUACAGCUGUAGUCACCAAAAGUCUAAAGAACAUCAGGUUUCCACUUAUGUUUAUGUCAAAGAUCACAAUCACCCGUUUGUGGAGGAAUACGUUGGCUCUGCGCUCACAAUUUUUGUGAAUCGGCACGAAAAGUUUUUUGUGGUCCCCUGCAGAACAACAUACCCAAACCAACAUGUCACCCUUGAGACUAUGAAUCCUACAGUCUACACAAAAAGCGAAGUGGAGUGGGAUCCAAAAAGAGGUUUCAGGAUCUCAUUGGGCCCUUUCGACAACUACCCGCUCAUUACGUGUGUCACAAGUGUGGACAACAGGCAGUUUUCAUCAAACUACAUCCUGUUUAGAAUAACUUCGGAAAUAAAGAAUGUCCGCAUCGAACCAGAACGUCCAAAAGUUCUGGUCGGUGAUACCCUUGUCCUCAAUUGCUCUGGAGAGACCACCUUCAAUGGCAUAAUAGGUUUUGAGUGGCAAUUCAACAAAGGCCCGUUAAAUCGCACUCUUCAAAAGAAGGAGACAAGACAACCGCCUGCGGAAAUAAUCAUUAUGACCGGAGCAAUAAUCAUAUCUAAUGUGACCAUGGAGGACAAGGGCACUUAUGUGUGCAUGGCAACGAUUGAGGACAAAAAGAUGCAGGCUGUGUCUAAAGUCACAGUAUACGAGCAUCCUUUCCUUAAUGUGACCCAUAAUAGACGCAAAUUCAUCACUGUUGUGGAAGGCAGAAAGGUGCAUUUUGAACCACGGGUUAAUGCCUUGCCUCCACCAGACAGAGUGAGAUGGUAUAAAGAUGGAGUUGCCAUUUCUGAGAAUUCCACAUGCUAUGAGACUUCAGGCUACCAACUCAUCAUUAAAGAAGUGAGGCAGAAGGAUGCGGGGAUCUUCACUAUCUCACUCUCAAACCAAGAGAAGGGACUUCAUAGAAACCUUAGCUACAAGCUAGAAGUCAGAGUGAAGCCAAAGAUCUCAGAAGAUGAAGUUGCUCCAGUGGGCCCUCAAACUUACACAUACGGCCAGAGCCACAAGCUCACCUGCACUGCAUUUGGAAUUCCAAUGCCAAACAUUAACUGGUUUUGGCAGCCGUGUGACCCCAACGCUGACCUUACAGAGUGCAAAGUUUAUACAGAGCCAUUACCUGUUCAAGACGGCACUGAAUGGCAUACAAUGUUCCCUUAUAAUCAAAUUAAGGAUAUCAACAGCAAGUAUGAUGUACUGAAGAGUAAAAACAAGACUAUCAGCACUCUUGUUUUGAAAGCAGCGAAUGUGUCCGGAGUCUACUCCUGUACAGCAAGAAAUGAACUUGGGAGUCGGACUAUGAGAAUUCCUUUUUAUGUGGAUGAUCACUCAAAACCUUUUGAGAUUGAACCCUCAACCGCCAUUGCAGGAGAGAAUAUAACGCUGACGUGCAGGGGCACCAGAUUUCUGUUUGAUAGGUUGAAUUGGUAUGAUCCGCUGGGUGGCAGGGUACCCAGUAGCGAGACCAUUCUUCGGAUCAAACCUUACACUGUGUCUUUGUCAAUCAACCUGCCCAAUGUUUCCAGAAACCACUCACUGGGAUAUGAAUGCCAAGCUUUAAAUAUAAUCUCUAAUAAAGUGGUCAACACAACAUCUGUUUUAACUAUUGAUGAGAGGCAGGUUCCCUGGCUCAUGCAGAAUCUGACCAAUCAGGACGUGAACAGCAGCAGCACCUUGAUGCUGGCUUGUUUGGCUUAUGGUGUGCCAACACCUUUUAUCACAUGGUACAAAGACAAGACUCCCGUCACGGCAGGACCAGGAAUCUCUCUUAAAGUCAAUGGGACCCUGACUAUCGAGAGGGUGAAAAAAGACGAUGAGGGCAUGUAUGAAUGUCACGCCAGCAAUGCUGAAGGUGUAGCAAUAUCCAGUGCUGUCAUUACAGUAGUGGGAGAAGAGGGUAAACCCAAUAUUGAGGUGAUCAUCUUGGUCUGCACCGGGGCAGUUGCAACAUGUCUGUGGAUCAUGCUCAUUCUGUUUAUCCGUAAAUUAAGAAAGCCAAGUUCAGCAGAUUUAAAGACGGGGUACCUGUCCAUCAUCAUGGACCCCGACCAGAUUCCUCUAGAUGAGCAGUGCGACCGUCUGCCCUAUGACAGCAACAAAUGGGAGUUCCCAAGAGACCGCCUGAGACUCGGUAAAACUUUGGGCCAUGGAGCAUUCGGGAAAGUUGUAGAGGCCUCAGCGUUCGGCAUUGACAAGCUGUCUACUUGCAAAACCGUGGCUGUGAAAAUGCUAAAAGUGGGAGCUACGAAUAAUGAGUGCAGGGCUUUAAUGUCUGAACUGAAAAUUCUCAUCCAUAUUGGUCAUCAUCUCAAUGUGGUCAAUCUGCUGGGAGCGUGCACAAAGAGAGGAGGUCCACUUAUGAUAAUUGUGGAAUAUUGCAAGUAUGGAAACCUUUCAAACUAUUUGAGGAGUAGGAGGGGUGACUUUGUGGUUUACAAGUCUCAGGACGGCAAGGCCCUGCGUUCCAGUUCAGGGUGUGAUCUGAGCGAGCUCAUCAAGCGCAGAUUGGAGAGCGUGGCCAGCACCGGAAGUUCAGCCAGCUCUGGCUUCAUUGAAGAUAAGAGCUACUGUGACUCGGAGGAGGAAGAGGAAGAGCCAGAGGAUUUGUAUAAGAAAGUGCUCACACUGGAGGACUUGAUUUGCUACAGCUUUCAAGUGGCUAAAGGGAUGGAGUUCUUGGCAUCGCGAAAAUGUAUUCACCGCGAUCUGGCCGCACGUAACAUCUUGUUGUCUGAAAACAACGUCGUGAAGAUUUGCGAUUUUGGACUCGCCAGAGACGUAUACAAGGACCCGGAUUAUGUCCGCAAAGGAGACGCCCGACUUCCCUUAAAAUGGAUGGCACCAGAGGCAAUAUUUGACAAGGUGUAUACCACUCAGAGUGAUGUGUGGUCAUUCGGAGUUCUUAUGUGGGAGAUCUUCUCUCUGGGCGCCUCUCCGUACCCCGGCUUACACAUUGAUGAGGAAUUCUGCUGCCGAUUGAAGGAGGGCACCAGGAUGAAAGCUCCCGAGUACUCCUCCUCCGAAAUAUAUCAAACCAUGUUAGACUGCUGGCAUGGAGAACCACCCCAAAGACCAACUUUCACAGAACUAGUGGAGAGGCUGGGAGAUCUGCUCCAGGCCAGUGUACAGCAGGAGGGAAAGCAUUACAUUCCGAUCAACACAGCGCUGUUGACCAAAGAUGAUCCCACGAGCUGCAAUCCCUCAGAGGAAAUCUCAACCAGACCUGCCUCUCUUAGAGACUCCGGGACGGCUUGGAACAUCAAGAUCCGCCCAGCAAGUGUAAAGACCUUUGAUGAUGUGAUCCUGGAGGACGGAACCAACAAGUUGCAUGAGGCUGGACAGUCAGACAGUGGAAUAGGUCUGUCUUCAGAUGACAUGAACACUCUGAAGCGUCUGGAGUCACUGACCCUGUCCCUGAGUUUCAUGUCUCGAGCAAUGAAGAGCAAAAGUAAGGAGUCGGUUUUGGAGGGGGAGAAGGAGAAAUUUCCACCCCUUGUUCCGUCACUGGACUUGAGUCUGGAGGAAUCUUCCCUCGACCCGGAGCUGGAAUGUCACAGCCCACCUCCGGACUAUAACUAUGUGGUCCGUUACUCCACUCCACCUGUCUGAGCUGUUCUGCACUCAUAAGCCACUGGAAAUCUCACCCAAUUCCAGAGCGUCCGAUUGGUUGGGCACAUGAGAUAAAUCAGAUUAUGGUUUUCUCAUUUACUUCAUUUCUUUCGUAUUACUUUUUCUUUCAAGGAAAGGCAGUGUUUGAGUACAGUAUAAGCACUGGGCUGCCACUGUGAGAAUCACACAUACAGUGAAAGAGCACCUCAGGUAUUCCUGCUUUUUACUGUGAAGAAGAUAUGCAGAACUUAUUUACAUUUAUACAUUUGGCAGAUGCUUCUAUCCAAAGCAUUAAAGCUAUACAUUUUGCGUUCACACUUGGUGGAGCAUUGCGAGCUUUGCGCUAACAUAAUGCUCCACCAAGAACCACUUACAGUAAUGGUGCUUUUUCUUCGGGUGAAAUGGCAGAUUCUUUAUUUCAUUGAAUCAUGUUUAUAUAAAAGUGAUGCAUAUUUUAUUUCUAGAUAAAUAUUUUAUUAAAAGAAACUGGAAAACUGGUCAGGCGAUAUUUUUAUUCUCCUAAGAUUAGUAUUUUCGAAGCUCAAUGGAGCUGAUUCUUUGUGUAGGAAAAUAUUUUUCUUGAGAACAGAUUUCACUCAAAACCAUUGUCAGACUAUCAAACAAAAGACCACAGAUCAUGAAUAAUUAAAUGUGUGGUCUGGAAUUCUUGUAUAAAUUGCCGGAUAUGUUGACCAUCGUCAUUUUGGACUUGCCUUUGGGUUCUGUGAUGUCUGUCUGAGAGCCGAUUUCCUGAGUGGGUCUGAGAGCCGAUUUCCUGACACUUUUAUUCCAUUUAGUUUUUUCUGACAAAGUUCAGCCUUGUCUUUAACUUGUCUAAUCCGCAUUCCUUUUUAUUUAAUAAGCUUUAAUUUUAAGAGAUCUUAAGUUAACCACUCCAUUGGCCAAGCUUCAUGUUUUUGUCUGGUUUGAUAGUGCAGGAUUUAAUGGCUUAUGGGUGCCUAACGUCCAGUCUAUCACUGUGAAAGUGGCUUGGAAAGCCUUAGCAAGUAAAUAAUUAAUGCACAUUUAAUAAGGAGCAUACUAUGUCAAUUAUUGAUGGAGAAUCAAAAGGCCUUGCUCUCUAUUUAACAAUAGUUAGACUGCUGCAUUGUGUACAUUCCUUAUUUUAUGCUGUUUACACUACUGUAUAUGUACAUAACGACACAUAUUGUGCAGCUAUUAACCAGAUUGUUAAGGGGAAGGUAUUUGUUUCAGUAGUCUCGUGCUAAAAUACUACUAAAGCUUGCAGUGCAGGCUGAAAAAUACUAAUAACAUUGUCAGCAAGGCUGGUCGGUCACUACAUAUAAAGUAUUUGUGUUAACUCUUUAACAGGUGUAAUGUAAACCAAUGGUUGGGAAAUCACGGUGGACCACUGAAUCAGUUAAACCAAAUUCUGUUCACAGGCAAGGGUGAAAAGAGCAGUUAGUCCCAUCAAUAUUAUUUUUAAUGCAUUCAAGGUUAGCAGACUAUUUAAAAAUGAAUUGUAUAUACUUCCAAAUUAUACUUCCAUUCAUGAUUUAUUGUUGACUGACUGUAUUUGUGAAGUAAAAUUGUAUGCACUGAUAUUUUCUACAUUUAUAUAUUUUGUAUUAUAAUUGUAUUUUUAUUAUUAACCAAACAUAAAUAAAGAUUUAUAUAUUUAUAAAAAGCA